AUGUCUGAAGCGGAUCAGUGCAUCAUAUGCCUGGAACCGUUGCCCCGACCCUCGGCUGCCCUCCAAGCUCCAGCUGCCCUCACUAUAGCUGCGAGUGAUGCUGGCGUUGCUGGUGUUGGCGGCGAACCAGCAUCCGGGUCCGCGCCUAUCCCCCCAGCUGCCACAACCACCACAGCCUCCGAUCUUGUCCAAGACGAUUCGAAUCAUUUGAAUAUAGCUGCUGCACUUGACGGGUGUAAUCAUAUUAUUCACGAUUUAUGUAUUCGCUCCUGGGCGCAAAAGACAAACACAUGCCCCAUUUGCCGUAAUCCCUUUCACUCAGUCCGGGUCUAUAACGGUGUGGACGGUACGUUUCAACCUCCGAACUUUAUCUUCUUCCCUUUGCUUAACUUUACUGACUUCGUUCUUCUUCCAGGAACCGCCAUAUCCAAGUACGAUGUUCAAGAUAAGAAGCAAGUUGCUGAGUUCGAUGUAAGACAGUGGCUUGGCGAAAACCCCGAAGAAGACGAAGAAGAACAAGGCAACCCAUGCCCUAUUUGCGAUUCUGCAGAGAGGGAAGAUGUUCUUCUUCUGUGCGAUAGCUGCGACGCGGCCUACCAUACCCAUUGCAUAGGUCUCGAAGCUAUACCUGACGGUGACUGGUACUGCAUGGAGUGUUCUCACCUUUUCCAACUUGUCCAAGACCCAGCACCUACCGAGUCUGAGGAGCAAUCCCCUCGCCCUACACACGUGCGCCGUCCAAAUCCUCGAAACGUGCGCGGUUAUCAUGUACGAACUCGAGAGCGGCUAAGGCGAGCCCGUCGCCAAGCUCGAACUGUUGAGUGGCAAGGCGCUUGGGGUCAGUUCUCUGGCCGAUUCUACGAAAUGAGCGACUUGGACUUGGAUAACCAUGAUGAUGAGGACGAGGAGCUCGAGCAAUACAGACGGUUUCAGGAGGCUGGCCGACGCGAACUCGAGCGUUGGCAGCAACGGAUGGACAUCGCCCGUCGCUUGGGUGCCCGUGAUGUAUUUGCGACCACUAUCCCCUCAGCUAUUAGCGAACGGCUCCAGAUAGCACCCGAGCCUGUGCAAGAAACAGCUGAUGAGAGACGAGCUUGGGGCGCUCUGGAUCGUGCUCGGGAAGCUGAAGAACCUGUUACCAAUCCUCGCAAGCGCAAAGGGCGGUCUGUAACCGCAUCGCCUCGCGAACCCGCACAAGAACCCGAAAGGAAGCUCAAACGUCCCCGAACACGUCGCCUACCGACUCAAAAUGGCGAGGGUUCAAGCUCCGUAUCUUCCCCAGCACCUGCUGGUCCCUCGACAGCAAGGGCUACUACCAAUGGAUCGUCCUCCAGAAACGGUAUUGUCAACCAUGACAACGCUGACCCUCCCUUGGUUUCAUCCUUGCUGAAAGAGCUCGAACCUAGCCUCAUGUCCGACGACGAGACAAUAACGACCAAUGGGUGGCGGCAUCCACCAGAGGCCUCUUCGCCAGCUCUCUCUCCAGCCAUCUCCCCAUCCCCCUCUGCUUUUAGUAGUCCUCGGGCUCUUUCUCUCACUCCUCCUCCAAUGGCAAAUCUAAACGGACGGCCAACCUCGCCAACACUUUUGCUUAGCAGCACUAUUCAACCCCGAUAUGCGCCCGCAAACUAUUCACCUACGCGUGUCAGACAUGAUCGUUCGCCCACACGAACGAAUCAUGAUCAUUCGCCUACAAGAAUCAACCGUGACCAUUCACCUACCAGUAUAAGUCGUGACCGCGGUGAUUCCGACAUACGACCAGCUAAACCCCAAGAGAGCCGACCAUUAGAACUACGACAACCUCGACCACGCCGCCCAAGUGAGAUACUAGCACAAGUAAAAGAGCAGCCGCCAACAGAAUGCAACCUCACUCAAGAAGACAAGAUCAGCAUAAACGAAAUAGUCAAGGGUGCAUUGCGACCCCAUUGGCGAUCUCGAAAAUUGACAACGGAACAGUACUCAGCCAUCAACAGAGACAUCUCGAGAAAGCUUUAUGACGAGGUCAAAGGCGCGGCAUCGUUAAACGCCGAAGCCCGCCGGGAAUGGGAAAAUAGAGCAACCAAAGAGGUAGCUCAAGCAGUUGCAGAAUUGUCUGCUUAG